AUGUCCCACUCGACUUCCUCACCUCGCAUCGCCAUCGUUGGCGGCGGUCCCGCUGGCCUUACGCUUGGUGUGCUCCUCCACAAAAGAGGAGUACCUUUUACCAUCUACGAAUUCAGGCAAAAGCCUACAGAUGAGGAGCUUUCCAAGCCUUCGGGAAUGUUGGAUCUGCAUGAAGAGUCCGGUCUGGCUGCGAUCCGCCAAUGCGACCUCUGGGAUCAAUUUUUGCCCCUGACCAAAGACUGCGCUGACAGCAUGCGCAUCAUCGACAAACACGACAAUGUCCUACACCAAGACUAUGGCGAGGCCGAGUACCGUCCAGAAAUCUCAAGGCAUUCCCUGGUCAGUCUACUGAUGUCUGCACUUCCUCCUGACAGCAUCAAGUGGGGUUGGAAGCUUGUCUGUUGCAGCGAAAAUCAGGAAGGGCAAGUGACACUCGACUUUGGCCCGGACAAGGGAACUCAAAUCCACGAUCUCGUCAUUGGUGCAGAUGGAGCUUGGUCGAAGGUCCGCAAUCUACUCACCAAUGUCAAACCACGAUAUGCAGGCAUCCAAUACCUUUCUCUCACCAUCGUUGAUGUCACUACCAAACACCCCGACAUUGCCCAAUACCUCGGCGACGGGACAGCUUUUGUUCUGGGCGACCGACAUGGAGUCUCUGCGCAGCGUGCAGCACAGAACUCCUCCAAUUUGUAUGUUUUUGUCUCCUCUGAGCAGGAGACGUCAGAUUGGGUCGGGCAGACCCCAACUCAAAUCCGGGACAGCCUUUUGGAGGACAAUGGGCCCCUCAGCACCUGGGGCUCCAAGAUGAAGGAAUAUCUAUCAAGGGCCUGCGAGGAGGAGGCAGCCCGAAAUCCCGGUCCUGCUGAUGUCAGACCGCUGUAUAUGUUUGCAGUCGGACACCGCUGGGAAAGCAAGCCAAACAUCACUCUGGUCGGCGAUGCUGCCCACCUUAUGACACCGUUUGCUGGAGAAGGUGUCAAUCUGGCCAUGUGGGACUCCCUUGACUUGGCUAAUGCUAUCAUCACUGCCCAUCUCAAAUCGGCUGGAGAUGCGGCCACCUUCCGUAAGGUUGUCGCCCCGAUUCUCAGAGAGUUUGACGAGGCAAUGUUCGCUCGCUCUGAAGAGAAGGCUCGAGGGACGGAUGACAAUCGCAAACUCAUAUUCUCGGAAAAUGGCGCCCGAGGAAUGGCUGAUCUGAUGAAGAGUUUCCAGCCACCUGGGGAUCAGCAAGUUGCCGGGGCAUAG